AUGUAUGCAGACAUAGCUCAGUCAGCCAAAGGGUACGAAUCAGAGGAUGAAAACGCGAGCAGAAAGAGGCAGAGGGUCAGCGACGACCGGCCGACCAGCAGAACGACAAUGUACUCCAAACAGGAGUUCCGAGAGCAGUACUGUAUCAACAACAAACAACUGGACCUGCUGGAACUGGAGAAGUCCAAGAAGGACCGAUUCCUUGGAUGUCUGUCACAAUACCACAUUGAGAGCCCCUGCUCGAGAACUAACAGAGCGUCAUUUUUAUCCGUCUGUGUCCGUCGUCGAGUGCCCUCCGAUGAGAACCUCAAUACCGAUUAUGCGCCCAUACAACGCUAUCCGAGUCCAAUAUCGCCAAGGUUCGGGCAACCAGCUCCACCACCAGCCGAGGUGUGCGCACAUGAUGCAGACCUGGAAUGCUCGUACUUUCGCCGGAGACCCCGCUCCGUUUGCAGCCAACCUGACCCCAAACGGUACACGUGGAUGCCUGAGGAUGAAGACUUCACCCGGAUGGAGUGGCCACAGUCGGUAAUAGAAGAUAACGCGGGGUGGCCGCAAAAUUACAGUGUCGAGCAAAUCGCCUCUGUCAGCCGGGGUGGGUCCUUACCUCGCCCCCCUUCGAUAAUCCCUUGCCCUGCCCACACACCAAUACCACCACCUCCACCGCCACCACCCACAAUACCACCUCACAGAACAAAACACGUCUCGUUCGCUCGCUCACAUACUCUGACUACCUUCGACGACUCUGUUAUGCCCGCGGCCGUCGCCGGAAACCGUUUCAGGAACUGCGAGAGGCUGAUCGAUGGCCGUGUUGUUAAGCCUGAGAACAAAGCGUACGCAACCCUGCCAAUAAUGUUUCAGCCGUUUUCGCCCUACCCUCAAUUCGUUGCCCCGGCGCCGGUUCACUACCCUCCAGUGGGGCCUAUGCCCACGCAAAUCCACGCUCCACAUCCUGCCACCGCGUUGCCUAGACCUACACAGACUGAACCUGCUAAAGUUGUUGUAUUAGACACAAUAAAAAAAGGUGUGAUGCGAACACAAGCCACGCAAACAGAAGCUAGCUUAGGGAAGAAAAACACGAACUACUUAUCAUUGAGUCCACGCACAAUAAAAAGGGUUAAAAUGGUCGCGGCCGGGGUACAAACUAAUGGAAUAACUGUUGGCGUUCGAAGAUUAACGAAAUCGUUUUCGGAAGUGGGAGGAGAUCGUUUGGCAGGAAACCAUGACGAAGUUGCUGCAGUUAUUGAGAGUAUAAUUUCUGGUGAUCAUGAAAAGUUACACAGAACGCAAUCCGAAGAACCACCACGUUCUCCUCGGUCACCCACAAUGACAAAACCUUCUUCACCACUACAAAGAGGAGACUCAGAUGACGUCACAUCCUGUUCCAUUAAAUCCAUGGCCUCGUCGCAAGUAGAUAAAUCCUCAGAACUAAGCGCGCUUCAAAAACAAGCACAAGAAUACUUCCAACAGAACUUUCAGUUCAUUCACGAGAGUGAUAGAGACGACACUAUUGAUGAUGACAUCGAAAACAUAGAAAAGAGUAUGGCUUUAAAUCGUAGAAAUUUAGAAUAUUUACAACAAGAAAUAGCAAAACAAGCAAAAAUUGACAAAUCUUUACGAUCUAUUCUUUCUAAAAGCACAAGUGAUGCUUCGCAAAAGACAAUUAACUCAUCGCAUCCUUUAUCUAAGACAUCGACUUUUCAAUCAGAGCCAUCAACUGAAACGUCGGCCACAACAACCGAUGAUAGCGAAAAAAAUGAAAGGGAAAUUAUAAUUGAUUUUGAACCUAGACCCGACGAUGAAGCGAUUCCCUUUACUACGCUUCGAAGAAAAAAUAAAAGGAUAUUACAAAAAACUUUAUCAGAAGGGGAAAUUUUAUUAGAUGCGAGAAAAACAGAAAUUUCGUCUGCGGGAGAAGCUAAAGAUGCUCCAAUUGUAAUGUCAACAAGCCAAGAAAACAUGACAAGAGAGGACCGAGAAAGGGAAGCCAUGUAUAAAAAGUACAUAGCUCAAAAUUAUAGCGAAACUCCUAUAAAAGACGAAGGAAUCUUUCCUUUCGAGCCCGAUGGUUCUUUUAGUUCUUCAGAAGGCAAUGCUCCAUAUGAAGACUUUCAUGAAAAAUAUAUUAGUUACAAGCAUGAAUCAUUUAGAAUUCGAAGCGUAAGCUUUGAAGACAAAACUGAAACUAUUGAUAAAGGGGAACUUCCAGAAGACAGUACGGCCAAAUCUAGCCCCACAUCUCCAGAAACAGAACAACGUGAGCUACAAGAAACACCGAAAGAAAAUCGCACGCCUAUUUUAAAUAAUGUUACAACAAUUCUUGCUCCCUUAGAAAAGAAUUCACCAUCUGCAUCUAAUGAAUCCCUGACAGUUGAUCAUAGCAGAGAUCAUUCAGAUGGUUUAUGGAAUGAAUCACAGACUACUGUUUUACAAAUAGAUUCUGGGACUGAUAACGGCACUGUAAUCAGUUCUUCUGAUCUUAGUUCCUUAGCCGCCUCACCGGGAGCACUCGCUUUACUAACUCCAACGUCACGAAGAAAGCAAUUAUUAUUAUUGCAACACCAACAGAGAUCUUCAUUAGACACAGACGCCCUAGAUGAAGAAUUUGAUGCUUCACAGAGUCAAUCGCCCACUUCUCCAAGGAAUAAAUUGGACAUGCCAAGUUCUAGUUCGUUAUCGCAGAUGAGGCCAUCUCUUUCGCCACCAGCAGUCGUUCCAAACAUUCCUCUUCCAAUGUUACCCAUAACAAAACAACCGACAAUAUCAAAAACAUCACCAUUAGCACAUGCAAAACUGAAUCACACUCCAGCUAUCGCAAUUACACAUCCGAGUUUAGAUUUAAGUGAUGUUCCCUUUAAACGGACACCAAGUUUUAUAAACAAGAAAAGAGAAAGAGCGUUAAGUCCAUCCAGAAGACAAGAUUUACGGAAAGCGCAGCAAAAGGAACCUAAUGGCACUAUACCAAAUCAAAACGUCCAAACGCCACCCGAGCCCGCUUUGGCUAAAACUGGCAGUAGCGAUACAAGUCUAGCAAGAACUGAUUCCGGGAAACUAAAUACCGAUGUAUCAGAGAGUACCACGACUACAGAAGAUUAUGUUACAGCUAAUUCAGAUAGUUCAAAGAAAAGCAACAGUAAAAAUCAAAACCAUAGUUUUGAAAAUAACAAUAAAGCUCAGGAAGGAUCUUCGUUUGAAAGUGCAUCAAGCUUGUACUCGUCAACAAAAACAGAUAAUAUCGCAGAGGAUUUAAUUGUACCAAGUUUUUCACCAUCUUUAGAAAUAAGUGAAGAUUUCAUAGUACCAAAUUUGUCUUCUCCACCACUACCGCUAUCAGAUAGAAAACUUAAGCCUUCAGUAGAAAGAAUCGAAGUCAAAGCAGAAAUAAAUCAAUCUGUUGAAUAUAUGAGAAAAAAUAAGACUGAAAGUAUUAAAGUAAAAGAUGAAGUUUCACCUAGACCCGUUCUUCCUAAACGAGACACUACAAGUCUGAAAAGUAGUUCCAGCGGAAGUUACAGUAUAAGCGGCUCCAACCCUAACUUAUUAGAAAGUGUUAUUGAUAAAACCCCUGAAAAAAUGAAAGAUGUGCCCGAAAAACCUGAACCUGAUGUUGCUAAAAAAAAGGAAAAAUUUGUGAAACAAGAAGUAAGGGAACAAUUAGUACCUAAAAAUGUGGGUUCAUUGUCAGACGACGAAAGGAGCGUCCAUUAUUCAUCAUCAGGCUAUUACGAAAGUCCAAUUGAGGAUGACGAUGAUGGGGGACUAACCUAUAAACACUCGCAAAAAUAUAGAUCUACAAGCCGACCCAAGCUUUGGCUCUCCGAAGAAAAACGAAGGAAGAAAAAAGCUUUUACCCUAGAAUUUUCGAAAUCGUACGAUGAUUCUAUUUCCACAUCUCAAGACGAUUGGGGGAAAAAAGAUAAAGAACCAUCAAACCUGAAUUACAGAUCAGAACGUUCUGCUUUAAAGUCUGCUAUAUCAAAGUCACCUUUGGAAGAUAAAGGUCAAGAAACUCGUAAAAAGAAAGCUCAUUUUGUAGAAAAAACUAAAAGUUUGCAAUCCUCUCCUAGAGAACCUGUAGAUGUAGAGAAAUCUUUAAAAGAAAAGACGCUUAAAGAUAAGGAGAUAGAAAAUAAAAGACCAGUUGAACGAGAAAGAUAUGUCAAGAGAACAAAAUUAAAAGCUAAAAGCCCUACACAAAGUAGAACUAUAGAUACUAGUUACAGAGGAAUGCAUUACGAUAGAAGAGAUGUGGGAUCAAAUAUGAAAUUACAUCUUAAUAUACCCACUUCCGACGAUUCAAGUGAGCAGUAUAAGAAGAAUGGUACAAGUAAUGGAAAUGUGUCGCCGAGGAAACAUAGGCGCCUGCGAGAUAGUCCACGGCGAAAGACCGCGUCUAAUUCAAUGACUAAAUCUCCAACUUGUAAUAAUAACCACAGCAGUUAUUCUUCCAGACCAAGAAGAAAAAGUGGAUCAAAUGAAAGCAUAUCACUUCCCGGGAGCUUGCCUCGGAGAAAACAGUCUAUACCAACAUUACCCUGUAUGAGCUCAUUAGAGGCGGAGGAUAUUGAAACAGCAAGAACUCUAACCAGAGCGGGAUCACGAUUGACACCGCUUCGUUACGUAAAGGGUCAAACGUCACCGAGGCAUAGGAAACAGGAUCAUGACGGAAAGUUUGCAAAGGCGGCUUCUGCAGAAUCUCUCCGUUCCGUUUCACCAGGCUCGGACUCCGUGUUCUAUUCCGAGCAAACGGAGCAGAGCUUGGGAGCGGACGAAGAGGCGAAGGCCCACUGUCUGCACUGCGGCAAAGAGGUCCAUAUCGUCACUGCCUCCCACGACCACGACAGUAGAACUUCUAAGACGUCGCAUACGGAUGAAUCAUAUGCUGACGCUACACCAGACAUAGUUCCUGCCCCAGCUGGUUUUGCUGACUCUCCUUCAUGUCUUUCCACAAAGAAGCAAACUAGUGGCGCUCGACUGUAUAAGAAAUUGGACAAACGUUACCGUUCUGAAGAUAAAUCAAGACAUUAUCGGCAUAGACAAGAUGUUCGAGCAAAGUCCGAAGAAAGAGGAAAGGAAGAAUACGCAACAAGUGAAAAACCAGCCGAUACACGAAUUGCACGAUCAGCUGGGAACAGUCUGGAUAAGCUAGCUAGUUCUCAAGGGAGCGUCGAUCCAGAUGAGCAAGAAGAAUGUUCUGGAAGUUCUGAGGGAGCGGAGGGUCGAACUGAACGUGGGGUAUAUGCCACACCAUGGUGGUGUGGGAAUUGGAUUCUCCUGUCCGAGACAGAUGACCAUUGGACCAGGAUUCCUCCAGCUGAUUAUGUAAUCCCCAAAACAGAUGUCACAGUAUCAUCAGACAGCCAAGAAGACCCGACGGAAUCUGAAUCGGAGUUCAACAAACGUUACGUUGCGUUAACCCACAGACUGGUACACCGGCGAGCCUGCAUCGAGCUCAACAAACGACAGACUAGUAACAGCUUUGGUAAGUAA